UGUAGUGUAAGCUCGGCCCGAACCCCGGCCCGGCCUGAGGCCUGAUGCUUGUGCAGCCCUAAUCCGAUCUAAUGCUUUUGUCCCUAUUCGCAAAGCCAAGACCUUCCAUCUAUCUACACUUCGCAGUUUGCACUCUCUCUCUCUCUCAUCUUCACACCUGCACUGAUGUCUCUCCCAACGCCUACCGAUCGGCCAUCAAAGCCGUUCACAUGGAAGAUUGAAAACUUCUCGAAGCGGAAAACUAAGAAGCUCUACUCCGACACCUUCUACUCCGGCGGAUACGAAUGGCGGGUGCUCAUAUAUCCGAAGGGGAACAAUGUCGAAUAUUUGUCGCUGUAUUUGGAUGUCGGGGAUUUGGCGACGUUGCCGUAUGGGUGGACUAGAUACGCCCAAUUCAGCAUAUCCGUGAUCAAUCAAAGUCAUAACACAUUGACAGUGAGGAAAGACACACAACACCAGUUCGAUGCACGCGAAUUUGAUUGGGGUUUCACUUCUUUCUUGCCUCUUAAAGUACUGAAUGAUCCCGGACAAGGUUUUCUGCUAAAUGACACCAUCAUAGUUGAAGCUGAUGUUACUGUUCCCAAUCCCCACAACUCAAAACUGGAGACUGUUGAGAAUAGCAAUCCUGAAGAGGAGUCUCAACUUCCAUCCUGUGAUAAUAGCUCAGGAAAACUAGAAGCUGACAUUACUUCUCCUCAAAGUACUCUCCAAUCAACUUUGGGUUCCCAAAUAGCCUUUGUUGAUGGUUCAAGCGAAGCAACAGCUACCGCGGGCAAAGUCAGGUUUUUGUCAUACUGGGUUUCUUCAGAGGGAUUCCAAUUACUUGAAAAGAUCCACGGCCUUCACAAGGGCACUUUUGUCAAAUUCUCAAUGAAAGGCCAGGCUUUGCAAACUGUGCUACUCGAGUCGUUUGCUUCGUUCAUUGCCUCGAUGUCAUCCACUAAGGUAAGCGAAGUGAAUGAGGAAGCAUUGCGACUGGCUGCCAUUUCGAUAGAGGACUAUGAGCAAGUAGGGCUGGACUUGAGGUGGCUGAAGCAGAGGCUAGAGGAAGCAAAGGGAGUGAAAAAGCACUCGGAGUCGGUCAACACUGUUGAAUCCUGUGGAAGUUCGUUGGAAGUGGCUCGAGCCAAGGUUCGUGAGCUUGAAGAAGGGCUUGCCAAAGCUAAGGCGGAAGUAGAGGCGAUGUCUCGUGACCUGCCCAAAUCACUGGGAGUGAAUGAUUCUGUGCUUAAGGAUAUUGUAUAAAUGACAGUUCUGAAGGAGCUUUAAGUAUGAACAUGGUGUGAGUUGAUUGUAAAAAUCUGUAAUCAGUUAAAUGUGAGGUGAAUCUGUUAAUGUCAACAGACGUGUGCUUGUGACUACUCUGGAAAUCGAAAAGUACGUAUAUUACGGUGUGUUCAUCCACA